AUGGAUACCCACGAAACAUCCCCGUCUGUUCUGCUCUUCUUUAACAAGGAAAGAUUCAUAUUUAACGCUGGAGAGGGAUUACAACGCUUCUGUACAGAGCAUAAGAUAAAAUUAUCUCAGGUAGACCACAUAUGUCUGACUCGUGUCUGCUCAGAGACAGCAGGUGGACUUCCAGGCUUCCUAUUAACUUUGGCUGGCAUGAACAAUGGUAGUCCUGAGAGUACUGGGCAUGUCGACAUAUGGGGUCCUCCAAAUCUAGAUUUAUUGGUUAAUGCAAUGAACAAUUUUGACCCUCAUGCUACCAUGGUCAACAAACAUAUCAUCCCAGACAACGCUAAUAUUCAUGAAAAUGGAUCUGCAUUAGCUCCCUCUUUACAUGUGUUGGAGCUGAAAGAUAAACACAAGUUCAAGGCAGUUACUAUAUCAGCUAUUCUCCUAUCACUGACUCAGUUGGCUGGAUCUUAUUUUAAGCCAAAUGAUACCUCCAUUGUAUAUAUUUGUAAACUACAUGACAUCAGGGGGAAUUUUGACCCCGAAAAGAUUAAAGCUUGCGGACUUAAACAAGGGAGAAAAGUUGCAGAAUUGGAGAAGGGGUUCAGUGUGAAGUCAGAUCUUCUGGAUAUCGAGCUGACUUUCAUUUUGCCUCGUUCAGGUCCAUCCAGUGAUGUUAUAGGUCCACUUAUUCCUGAUCCCCAAAGCAACUCCCCAGAGACCACCAAGGUUGUGAACUGCAUCAUUCAUUUGAGCCCUGCUACAGUUGUCAGCUGUCCAGUUUAUGAGAAAUGGAUGAGCAAAUUUGGUUUCGCCCAACAUAUUAUGGCAAGAACUACAAGGCCUCUUUUUCCAGCUCCUAGUCUUCCUUCCGUUCUGAAUGACGAUGUUGCAGCACCAAAUUUCAAGGUACCGGUGGAGGGUUCAGUUUGUGGCAUAUCUGCUAAAAAUCUCUUAAAGGAGCAAGAGUAUAUCCUUGUGCUUCCUACAACAACUCUAUGA